AGUAGUUAUUUCUGCUCCAAUAUGUGUUAGUGACAAUCAGCUGACGUCUCCUAUUCUACACGUACAUUUCGUUCAAUUUUCUUUCGCAAAUUUAAAGCAUUGUACACAAAUUUUCAUCAACAAUUAUUUUGUUUACUUAUUUCUUAUCAAAUGUAGAUAACAGUAAAAAAGUGUAAAAAAUUAAUAUUUUUGAAUGUUACCUACUGAUAAGUAUAUUCUCGUGACAAAUAUUUAAAAUACAUUUAAGAUUUCUUUCUAUAAGACACAAAGUAUAAGAAAGAAAAUUAAUUGUUAUUAUAACAAUUAUUAAAUAGCAAAAAUGUGCAUUUUAUUUAUUUAUCGAGAUCCAAAAGCUGAUUGUCAUUCUUUUCGAUUAAUUGUUAUUUCAAAUCGAGAUGAAGUUCUCAAUCGACCAGCAAAACCGGCUCAUUAUUGGGAGAAACAUCCUCAUUGUCUUGGAGGAACAGAUAUGGAGCCAGGCAAAGAAGGAGGAACUUGGUUAGCGCUCUCGACGAAGGGUCAAGCGGGCGCAAUAUUAACUCUGAGUGGCGAGUCAAAACAUUCACAAACACCAAAGGAAGGACGCGGAUUUCUUGUCGCCGACUAUGUCACAUCGGAUGAAUCCUGCGAAACUUAUUUAAACAAACUCUACCAAAUUGAUCGGCAAACUGAAAAGUAUAAUCCAUACACCCUCGUUCUUUUCGAAUUAGCAAACGCAAAUGUCAGAUGGUUGAGCAGUCCGUCAGAUAUGAAAGCACCGCAAACGAGCGAAGAAAAAAUACUCGGUUUCGGUAAUAGCCCAUUCGAUCAGCCUUACAAAAAGGUUCAAGUAGGAAAGGAGACAUUUGAAAUACUGGUGAAAAAUGCUUCAGUGAAGGAUCAACAACAACUAAUUCAAAACCUUCUGGAAUUUCUCAAAUGCUCCGACAGACACUUACCAGACGAAGAACUACGCAAACGAAGUCCAGAAUUUUAUCCUGCACUCAGUUCAAUAUUUGUUCAGUCCGAAACGAAAACAUAUGGAACAAGAACACAUUCUAUAUUACUGGUCGACGGUACCGGUAGAAUUACAUUUAUCGAGGAAACAUUGAUGCCAGAUGAAAGUUGGAAGAGACAACAAUUUCAAACACAUCUUCAAUGAAAAUAAAAAUCUUCAAAAUAUACUCGCAAAAAGUGUUCUUAAAUAUUUUUCGCAAAUAUUAUUCUGUCGCGUAUUAGACGAAAAAGAAAACACCAUUUUGUCAUUAGGAAAAUAUAUUUUAUGAAAAAUGUAAAAAAAAUAUAUAUAUAAAUCUAGAAUCGAA